GGGGCUUCAGAUUUGUUCUACACAGGCCUUAUGAUGAUAGGCUAUCCUGUAGUAGUGUGUUUUAUCCUUGGUUCCCAUACCCAUUUCAUUUCUUUUUUGUUUGUGCGGUGGCCAUGUGGUUCUAGGGACUAGGUGAUGAUUAGUAUUUCAUAUUACGGUGAGGUGGUGCCUUCCAUUCAUAGAGCUCAUAACCACACAAAAUUGUAAUGUUUUUAGUUAAAAAAUUAUGUAAUAAAUGCCUUUUAAACUUCGAUUUUAAUUUAUGUAAAACGUUCCAAAUCAAAGAAAAAGUAUGGCUUCGUUACCACUCAUCGCGCCGGUUAGAAGAGGCUUAUAAAAUAGUGAAAAACAAAUGCCAAUCUAAAAAGUUACCACAAGAUGUGAACCCAAAAGCUGUCUUUGCAUGUAACGAAUUGGAUCUAAAGGAAGUUAAAGUUUAUGGAUUUGAUUAUGAUUAUACUCUAGCUUGUUAUAAACCUUCUCUUGAACAUCUCCUUUACAACUUAGGUAGACAAACUUUGAUAGAACAAUAUAAGUAUCCAUCAGAAAUAUCAAAACUAGAAUACAAACCAGGAUUUGCAGUCAGGGGCCUUCAUUAUGAUGUUGAAAAAGGUGUUUUGUUAAAACUUGAUUCAUUUUUACAAAUCCAAUUUGGCACUGUUUAUAAAGGAUUGAAGGCUCUAUCCAAAGAAGAAGUCCUAAAAUUAUAUAGGAACAGAAUUAUUCCUAUAGCAUAUGUUGAGGGUCAUACUAAAAAUGCAAAUUUAAUAUUACAGGAUUCGACCAAGAUGGUUCAGCUGGCAGAUCUUUUCUCAGUUCCUGAAAUGGGACUUAUAUGUAAUGUAGCUGAUUAUUUUGAAACUAAUCAUAUCGAUUAUCAUCCAGAAAUACUCUUUAGGGAUAUUAAGAGUUCAAUUAGAAAUUCGCAUCCAGUGAUGCAUAAAAUUGUAGGCCAAAAUGUAGCAGAUUAUAUUGAAUCAAACCCUAAAAUGAGGCCAUUUCUUGACAAGUUGGUUAGAGCUGGAAAGAAAUUAUUUUUGGUGACAAAUAGCCCGUAUCAUUUUGUAAACAAAGGUAUGGAGCAUUUAGUAGGUCCAGACUGGAAAGAUUUCUUCGAUGUUCUAAUUGUACAAGCUAGAAAACCAAGAUUUUUCACUGAUGUAUCCAGACCGAUCAGAGUGUUUGAUGAACGUAGUGGAACUCAUAUUUGGGACAGAGUUACUAAACUUGAAAAAGGAGUUAUUUAUUAUGAAGGAACAGUAAAACAACUACAAGAAUGUACUGGAUGGAGAGGGCAUCAAGUAUUAUAUUUUGGAGACCAUCCUUACAGUGAUUUGGCAGAUGUCACUUUAGAACAUGGAUGGAGAACUGGGGCUAUUAUUACUGAAUUAACGCAUGAAAUAGCAACACUAAAUAAUCCUGAGUUUAAGAAAAAUGCGAAUUGGUUACAAAUGUUAACACAGUUAAUUGAAGAUCACCAAGAUUGUGAGGAUCCAGAUGAACAAGUAAUAUUAGCCAAGUGGAUGACCGAAAGAGACAGACUGAGGCAUGACAUCAAAGACGUGUUUAACAAACAAUUCGGUAGCGUAUUUAGAACAUACCACAAUCCGACGUAUUUUUCUAGAAGACUCUUCAGAUUCGCUGAUAUUUAUACAUCAAACCUUACAAAUUUAUUAAAUUAUUCCGUUAAUCACACAUUUUAUCCUAGAAGAGGCGUUAUGCCCCAUGAAUAUAUAUCUUACUUUGUAUAAUUGUCAAUUAUUCAGAUUUUUCAACCAUAUUUAUUUUUAAGAAAUCAAGAGUGGAUAGUAAGUAAGUAUUAUAAAUAGUUAUAGAACUUAAUUAUUAUGAGAAUUCCUCUGUUUUGCCAUAGCAAUGGCAAAAAAUGGUGAGUGAAAACCGUUUUCUCUGGAUCAGAAUCCUAAUUUUCAAAUUUUCCAAGCAAGAUGCUGGAUUCUCUUGAGACUGACUACAACGCUGCUACCCUUUUUUGAGAAUAGUGACUAGAUCUGCUUGGAACAUAUAUAAAUGAAAACCUCUGAAAAUUCACUGUCAAAUAAUGUGCCGAAAAUCUUGCUUAUUUUGCUUUGUAGUCACGCAUUCGGGAUAUUCUCUAUCAAAAUAUGUAUCUCUCGCCAAGAAAAGUUUCAAACAAGGGACUUUCGCUGGCUAUAAGCUUGAACGCUUUUAUUGAAAUAUUGGACUUGAAUAGGAUUAUCAAAAAUGUCUGGACAUUUUUCAUGCACUAGAAUGAAAUCUGGAAAAUUAUUAUAUUUUUGUCAACUUAUCGUACCUAUUUGGCUAGUCUAAUCUAAUUGAUCUUUAUUGGUAAUAAUUUUAAAAGAAACUAAAAUAUAUAUUUACGUUUUUUGUCUUUAUUAAUAUUUUUUUUUAGUUGAUGAGAAAUCUUGAAAUGUAUAUGUACAUAAAUUUUGCAGGGAAAUUUUAUGAUAUUAAAGAUAUUUUCUAUAUUAGGCUGAAGGACCUCGGUCAAUGGCCUUUUGAACUGUAUUCGUUCAAUAAAGAUCUAUUAUAUAUAUAUAUAUAUAUUUUCUAUAUUGUGUCUAAAUAGGUAUCAGACAAUAAAACAUUCUCAUUAAUGUGAAAUAUAGUUUUUUAUUUUCCUCAAACCCAUACUAAACUUUAGCUGUAAGCUAAAUAAUCCUGUGGAUACUUUUUUUGGGAAAAGAAAAUGUGUACAGGGUGUAGCAAAUUUGAGGGUAACCAUUGGGAUACAGAAUCGAUUAAACUCUGGCCAAGUUGCCAAUGCCUAUAAGAAAUGACCAGAAAUAGUUAAUGAAAAGGAGCUUGAAGAAACCGCAAAUUGAUAUUUUAUACUGCUGUUGGAUUUCGUUUUAGUUCUAUCCAUUUAAAGCUGAGAAGUUUU